AUGCCGCACUCUGUGACCCCGCCGUCCAAGGACGCUGGGCCGCCUCCCUCGCAGGAGGUGGUCUCUGACCUGCUCAACACUAUCUUCACGGCCCAGACCUCCUCUGCGAGCGUCGAUGCUGCUUACGGACUGUGUGAGCUCCUCCUCAACUCGGUCGGCUACGCUGGCCUCCAGCAGUACAACAUCCUCACCGAGGUCAAAAAGGCUGCUGCCGAUAAGAAGAGCAAUCUCCGCAGAGAAUGCGCGCAGAAUCUCUUGGGCGCCAUCUUUGAGCGUUUCCCCCCUAGGCAGCCCGUCGCCGAGAUCAUUCUCUUGGCACAGGAUGGCGGUAUGCUGGCUUGCGCCUUGGAUGCCCUGGCGGACAAGGGUGCUGUCAUCCGCGAGUCGGCACAGUACGGCAUCGAUGCCUUGUUUGGUGCUUUGAGCGCUGAGGCUCUCGUCUCUGGGCUUCUGCCUACCUUGAUCGAGUACAUUGGCCGUAAGGCCAACAAGUGGCAGAGCACUGUUGGCGCGUUCAAGCUCCUGCAGAGGAUGGCCGACAAGUCUCAAAUGUCCAUUGGCGCCUCCAAGGAGGAGGCGUCUGAGAAGGAUCUGCUCCGAGAGUCGCUGGGAUCCAAGCUGGCUGGUCUGAUCCCUGUUGUCGAGAACGGCAUGCACGACCUCAAGACCGAGGUCGAGAAGCAAGCCGUCCGGACCAUGACCUCGCUCACCGCACUCCUGUCCAACGACGACGUCGCCCCUCGCAUCCCGCUUCUAAUCGACACCAUGCAGAAGCCCUCCACACAGAGCCUCCAAAAGGCCAUCCAUGCUCUGUCACAGACUACAUUCGUUGCCAUUGUCACGUCGCCUGUCUUGGCUCUGCUCACACCUUUCGUUGAGCGCUCACUCAACUCGCCCACCACCGCUCAGGAGGUUCUCCGCCAAACCGUUGUCAUUGUUGAGAACUUGACGAAGCUUGUCCACGAUCCCAUCGAGGCCAGAACAUUUCUGCCCAAGCUAAUUCCUGGCGUUAAAGGCGUCUGCGAUCGCGCUUCGCUGCCCGAGGUCCGUGAGCUCGCCGAGCGCGCUCUGGCCACCAUGCAAAAGGCCAUGGGCGACGACAAGGAUGUUGUCGCGCGCAUCACGGCAGACGACAUUGCCAAGACCCUCGAUGAGCAGGUCAAGAAGAACGGCUCCGUCGCCGACCAGGACACCUACAAGCUUGUCCGCGAGUACGUCGGCGAGCAGGUGGCCAUCGAUGCCAACUUCCGCUACGUGCAGCGCAUUGCCGACCGCGUGACCCCUUACAUGUCAUGCUUGACCCAGCCCAAGGCCGCUGCGGCCAUCGCCGAAGGCGUCAAGACGUACUGGGUGGGCGAGGACGAGCGCAAAUACGGUGUCCCCGAGAAGGAGGAUGACGGAGAGACCGAAAUAGUCAACGCCGACUUCUCUUUGGCAUAUGGUGGAAUGCUGCUCCUCUCCCACACCAACCUGCGUCUGCUCAAGGGUCACCGUUACGGUCUCUGCGGUCGCAACGGUGCUGGCAAGUCGACUCUCAUGCGCUCGAUUGCUAAUGGCAAGCUGGAGGGCUUCCCGCCCCAAGACGUGUUGAGGACAUGCUACGUCGAGCACAACCAGGGCGAGGACGCCGAUAUCAGCAUCCUGGAGUUCAUGCUGAAGGAUCCCACCAUUGCUUCCGAGGGCCGUGAGCGCAUCUCAGAGGUUUUGGCCGAGUUUGGGUUCACCGACGGGCCCGAUGGCCGCCAAGCACAGAAGGUCGGCUCCCUGUCCGGAGGUUGGAAGAUGAAGCUGGCUUUGGCGCGCGCCAUGUUGCAGCGUGCCGAUGUGUUGCUGCUGGACGAACCUACCAAUCACUUGGAUGUCGCCAACGUUGCCUGGUUGGAGCAGUAUCUCAAAAAGCACACCGACAUCACCAGUCUGAUCGUGUCUCACGACUCUGGUUUCCUGGACAAUGUCACCACCGACAUCUACCACUACGAGCCCAACAAGAAGCUUGCGUGCUACAAGGGCAACCUGUCCAAAUUUGUCGAGAUCCGUCCCGAGGCCAAGUCCUACUACACCCUGUCCGCCUCCAAUGUCCAGUUCAAGUUCCCGCCCCCCGGCAUCUUGACGGGCGUCAAGUCGAUGACACGCGCCAUUAUCCGCAUGUCCAACGUCAGCUUCACAUACCCCGGCGCGGCCAAGCCGUCUCUGAGCGAUGUAUCCUGCCAGCUCACCCUGUCCUCGCGUGUGGCUAUCAUCGGACCCAACGGUGCCGGCAAAUCGACCCUCAUUAAGCUCCUCACGGGUGAAACCAUCCCCACCACCGGCAAGGUCGAGAAGCACCCCAAUCUCCGUAUCGGCUACAUCAAACAGCACGCGCUGGAGCACGUUGAGAUGCAUCUGGAGAAGACACCCAAUCAAUACCUCCAGUGGCGCUACCAGCAUGGUGAUGACCGUGAGGUCCACAUGAAGCAGACGCGUGCCCUGUCCGAGAAGGACCGCGAGCAGAUGGACAAGAUGAUUGAUCUCGGCGACGGCAAGUCUCCCCGCCAGAUCGAGUCCCUUGUCGGUCGGUCCAAGUACAAAAAGACCUUCCAAUACGAAGUGAAAUGGCGCGGUUACCUGCCCAAGUUCAACUCUCACGUCUCCCGCGAGACACUAUCCGAGUGGGGCUUUGAUAAGCUCGUCCAGGAGUUCGACGACCACGAGGCGUCGCGCGAGGGUCUCGGUUACCGUGAACUUGCACCCACAGUCAUCUCCAAGCAUUUCGACGACCUCGGCCUCGACCCCGAGAUUGCCAACCACAACGAGAUCGGCUCGCUCUCUGGUGGCCAAAAGGUCAAGGUCGUCAUCGCCGGCGCCAUGUGGAACAACCCCCAUUUGCUUGUCCUCGACGAGCCCACCAAUUUCUUAGAUCGUGACUCUCUCGGUGGUCUGGCCGUGGCCAUCCGCGAAUUCAAGGGUGGUGUCAUUCUGAUUUCCCACAACGAAGAGUUUGUGGGUGCGCUGUGUUCGGAGCAGUGGCACGUCAACGAUGGUCGCGUCGCCCAGCGCGGCAACGCGGCCAUCGCCCUCGACCGCUUCGAGGACUCGCGCCCCGGCUCGGGCGUCACAUCAACGGCCGCCAGCACCGUGCCCAGCACGGCGGCGUCGUCGGCCGUCAACUCGGGCGCCGAGGAUAAUGGCGAGCUCAAGUUCAAGGCGAGGAAGAAGAAGAAGAUGACCAAGAAGGAGCUCAAGGAGCGUGAGGUGCGGAGACGGUUGAGGCACAUUGAGUGGCUCAACAGCCCCAAGGGCACACCUCACCCUGUUGACACAGACGACGAGGCCUAA